AUGGCAAAAAAAUUUUGGUGUCACGCUGAUUAUGGACUAUAUGAGAAUAUUAUGCUGAUUUGCAUUACAAACUUCAACAAUUUUAUUUUUUCAGGAUUGGACCGAAGAAAAAGAUUGCGAAGAGGCCUGAACGAUAAUCGAGUUAUUAUAACUCAGCACUUCACGGAGAGAACUGUGACGCCGGGUGGAGACAUCAGCAUGCAGUGCUCUGCAACAGGGGAUAGCCCACCACAAUUUAUAUGGGAGCGAGAUGGCGUUCUUAUGUCCAGUAAUACUGAUCCCAGGUACGCGUUGGGUCAAGUGAUGACAUCUGACAACUCAGUGGUCGCUCAACUAAAUAUCACGAGGGUAAGAGUUGAGGACGGCGGUUUGUAUUCGUGCACGGCAAAAGAAGGUGACCAAAUAGCUAUUCAUGAAAAUAGACUCGAUGUAUAUGGACCGCCUUACAUUAGAUCACUACCGCCUAUCAAAGUUCAGAGUGGUGAAUCGUUCAAUUUAAGAUGUCCUUUUUAUGGAUAUCCUAUAAGCAAAAUUGAUUGGGAACACAAAGGCAAAACGGUAAAUUCAAACAACUUAUUCCAAAGUCGUUACAAAAGGAAUCAGAUUAGGAGGAGGAAGUCUCGAAGGAGCAUUGUCAGUAUUCAUGGAGUGCUAACAAUACCAGAAGUUUCUAAAGAAGACAACGGCGCUGUGUACACGUGUAUAGUAACAUCACCUUCUGGCGAGAUGGCAAGGCGUCAGUUUGAAAUACAAGUGAUUGAAGCUCCUAUUCUAGAAGAUUUGCUCCUCGGCAAUAACCUACAAGAAGGUCAGAUUGUAAAUAUUUACUGCAACGUACGGAGUGGUGAUUUGCCGAUACAUUUUGAAUGGUUAAAAGAUGGGAAGAGAAUUCCGAGUACGCUGAAGGUGGUGGAAAGAAGUUCAGAAUUGUUCAGUGCAUUGGUAAUAAAGAAGGUCUCUCUUGAACACUGUGGAACCUACACAUGCGUUGCUUCAAACCACGUCGCUAAAGUAAACAAGUCAACUGAACUAUACAUUAAAGUUGCACCAAAAUGGUUAGAAGAGCCUACUAAUUCGUCGUUACUUCUUGGAAGGAAGGGGGCAGUUUCUUGCAGCGCUAGCGGCUACCCACAACCACAAGUACAUUGGAUGAAAAAAGAUGCUCUUCUGGGUACUUGGCAACCUGUUUUAGAAUUAGCUGGAGGUGGGAUUCUGAGUCUUCCUAACGGGACCCUGGUGAUCGAAGAAGUAUCCCUAACGGAUGAAGGUCUUUAUUCCUGCAACGUUGAGAAUGGAGUUGGUACACCGCUUAGUAAAACUGUCUGGAUGAGUGUUAACAAACCGGUUCACUUUGAAACAACAUCAACUAAUGUAACAUCGCGUCUCGGACAUCCUGUAACUCUAGAAUGUCGCGCUUUAGGCGAUGAUCCGAUCAGAAUUGUAUGGACACAUGAUGGCAACAUCUUGGAUUCUCAGCAUCACAGAUCAAAAUAUUCUGAAACAAAAACGUCGGUCGGUGUAACUAGCACAAUUAGCAUGCAGUACUCAGAAGCUAGCGACGCAGGCUUUUACCAGUGUCGAGCCACUAAUCCUUAUGGAGCAGCAAGUUUCAAUAUCUUUCUUACAAUUUUAGAGCCGCCACAGCCACCGUCAGAGUUGCGGGUAGAGAGCGUCCGCGCGCGCACCGCCCAGCUGUCGUGGCGCGCCGCACGCGCUCGCGCCCCGCACUACACGCUGCAGUACGCGCCCGCGCCCUACGAGCAGGCGGGCUGGGAGCGCGCGCUCACGCUCAACUUUACUAGGAAAGAAAACGACAUUCGUCAAACAGUCGAGCUGCAGAACCUAAGGCCGGCGACGCCCUACGCAGUUCGCGUUGCCACCGCUAACGAAGUGGGCGUGAGUCGAUACACGGCACCCGUACACUUCACCACUCAUGAAGAAGCUCCAUCAACCCCACCGAUCAAUGUCCAUGUGGAACAGACAGAAAAUCCAGGAGAGUUAUAUGUAACGUGGCUUUCUCCGCCUAAAGAUAGCCAUAACGGCAUCAUUACAGGGUACCACAUCAAGGCUGUGCCACAGAAUGUGAGAUCAAGCGACAGUGAUACCAGAACGAUAAAAGUUACUCAACAAUCUGGCAAACAAGAAACUACCAUUAGUGGACUUCUUAAGAAUACUAGGUACGCAGUGUCUGUAUCAGCUAUCAAUAAUGCUGGUUCCGGCCCAUUCUCUCUUCCUGUAUUUCAAGACACUAUGGAAGGAGCACCAGAACACGCACCAUCUUCUGUGGAAUGCACAGCAGUAUCUUCAACUUCUCUGAGGAUCGGUUGGCAGCCGAUUGCUGUACAUGGACAAGGGAGCUCGUUGAUUGGCUACACCAUAAUGUACGCUACUGAAGAUAGUGCCUGGCAGAACCACACGUCGCUACACGCGGAGAUAUAUCUACAAAGUCUCAUCAAGUACACGAACUAUACGGUCAAAGUAGCUGGCUUCUCAAAUUAUGGCGCUGGUCCUUUUUCAUAUCCCAUCAUAUGCACUACCUUACAAGAUGUCCCAGACGCACCAGCUGAUAUAAAAGUCCUGAUCCUGUCUCCUACGUCGCUUCUUGUUAGUUGGAAGAAGCCAAAACAUCCAAAUGGGGAGCUGAUAUAUUACACUGUAUACGUGAAACCGACAUCUAGCAACGGUUCUCCUCAAACGUUCCGAGUAGACGUUUCACGAACAACAGCUGAAGUAAAGGACUUGACGACGGAAAGGACGUAUGAAGCAUGGGUCACAGCGAGCACUAGUGUUGGAGAAGGUACAGCCAGCAAACGAGUACUGCAAACGCCUGUACAAAGAGUAGUAGCAGGGGUGGCGUCUCUCGGCGGUACCAUUUCAGUGGGAGUGGGCUCAUCCCUGUUGCUGGUGUGUCAGUGCGUGGGCGCGCCGCCGCCGCGCACGGUGUGGUACCACAAGCACAACAUCAUCACGCACCACCCGCGCUUCACGAGGAACCACGACGACAGCUUGCUGAUCAACAAUAUAGACCAAUCACUUAGUGGCAACUACACGUGUCUAGCUAAGAAUCUGUAUGGAUCGGACUCCGUAGAGUACACUGUGAUUGUCCUUCCUCUACCUGAAGCACCAAUUCUAAGAGCGACACCAUAUAAGGACUCAAUAUUAGUAGAGUGGGAACAACCGUAUUAUUCUAGCAAUAGAAGUCAAACUGGUCAAAAAAUAACUUACAGCCUCACAUGGAAGGAAGCGAGCGGGCCGUGGCAAGAGGCCUGGUCACCCAAUAAGUUGUCCAAUUUGUCGGGAGUUCAGAAACAUGCUCUUACUGGCCUCAAAUGUGGAACAAAAUAUUCGCUGAGGAUCACAGCAACCAAUAAAGUUGGGACCUCACAGCCUGCUUAUAUUGAUGUUAGCACUUUGGGAGGACCGCCAGUGCCCCCGACGUCGGACGAGUGCCUGUGGAGCAAUAGCUCGCACGUGGUGGUGCAGACGGCGGGCUGGGACGACGCGGGCUGCGCGCUGCGACCCUUCGACAUCGACUAUAGGCCGCGCGCCGCCCGCGCCUGGAUCCGCACAUACUCAGAUACAUCAUGGAACAUGCCUCUCUACCAGUCGAGUUACCGCACCAGCUCUUUCGCUAUCUCCGACCUGACACCCGGCACGUGGUACCAGAUACGAAUCACCGCUAGUAAUGAGGCUGGAAGCGUCACCACUACUUACAAUUACGCAACCAAGAACGAAGAUGGAAGUGAAGUGGGCCCACCUUCGGACCUGUUCGAUCUAAACAUGUUGGUGAUCGUCUUCAGCUCCAUCCUCCUUGCUGUUUGUCUCAUCUGCUGCAUUUAUAUCUUGAUUAAGAGACAGAGACACGUGACAUUUACUGAGUACCGCGACUCCAUCACAGUGGACAACAAGUCUGAGAGCGGCAACAUGACGGCCACCACCUCACAUAGCAACCUUGCCAAGGACGCCGGACGCGUCUACAGUGCUCCCCUCCACGUGAGGAACGACAGCAAGCACGUUUUUUUUUCAGAAUUGUACGAAAUAAGUCCGUACGCACAGUUCGCAGUCGGUUUUCGUACGUUCGGUCAUGUGGAGAACCAGGACAUGCCCAGUCGACACAUGAAGCACAGAUAUGACACAGAAACGAGUUUUCAAGUCUGUUCAGAGUCAGAAGACAGUGACAGUAUAUCGAAAUCAACAUUAAAAAGUGUACCAAGGAAGGUCUGCAGAGCUCCGCAUCAUAGGUAA